UUAGAGAAAGAGAACUCAAAAAUAAGUUAUCGGAAAGACUUAGUGAUAUUCGUGCUAUUAAAUAGUUUCCCAGUUAUAGCAGGUGAAAAUUCGCAAAAAUAUUCUCAAAUGGUUUGAACUUUCCUGACAAACGUUUAGCAAAGGUUUUGCAACAAAUGGGCUCGUUUUUCGACAUCGUCCCCGGUAGGAGUAAGCCACCGGCAAACGGUGCGACCAAUGGUGGUUCGGGCUCCGAAGGCGACUACGAUGCAUUUAAUGAUGAAACGUUCGGUAACUUGGACAAGGGAGACUGGGAGAAUAUGCAUGAAGAACUGGUUCGAAUGGAAACGAGCGACCAUUUAUGCAUCAUGGAAAAUUACAAUGCCACGAAAUCACGGGCUGAUCUGUUGAACGAUGAUGAAUUUGAUCUGUGUUUUAAUUUAGAAGAUUGUGAUGAGCGCCUGUGUAGUAGUGGAGAAGAUUUAAGUUUGAAUGAUGACAUUUCUAACCGUCUUAGGCUAGAUCCAAGCAUUUGGGACAAUUCUAUGAGCAAACCCGGAGUGGAAGUACUGCCGUUACCUCAUAGUGCAAAUGAAUCGCCAAAUGUUGUCCAAAAUCAAAUGUCUAAUCAAUUUGGGAUUGGUUCUGGCUCGCAUGUCCCGAUGAUGCAAUCGGUAGAAGACAUCGAAAGAAAUAUCAUGCAGCAACACCAAGAUCUAAAGAGAAAAAAAGAUAUUCAAUGGGAAGCACAGAAAGCUAAUAAAAAACACAUUGAAAUUAAGAAACCCAUUUAUGUUCCAUCGAACAACCCUCAACCCGAAGAAUCUUCCCAACCAAUAAUGGCAACACGAAAUCAAAUGUUCCCUCCGCCACCCCUACUAAAUCAUCAAUCACGUAUUCCAGUGGGGUUCUUACCGUACAAUUUUUUGCCGGCUCAAUAUUUACCACCAAUGAAUAACUUUAGGAUGCACCCAGCUUUUUCUGUUGGUUUCAGCCAUCAGUUGGGUUUAGUCCCACACAUUCCUCAGCUAAAUCAAAUUCAAAACAUACCAAAUAAUCAGUUUAAUAAGAAGUUGGUGCAGGAAAUUCAACAAAAUCAUCCAAUGCUUUCUUUUUAUCGUCAGCAAAGUUGCAAUAAACACAGACAACGGAACAUUAGCACUAUUUCGAGGAACACAGGAUUUGACGAGUACGACAACAUGAUGUCCAAUCGCGAAAAACAAUGGCUUAUUGGGAUUCAACUAACUCAGCUGAAUGUGGAUACUCCAUAUAUCAACGAUUACUACUUCACCAUCUACAAGGAACGCUUAGCCGCCUCCAGAGGAUCAUCAUUGAAUGAGAGCAAAGCGUACAAGGAUAAUCAGUUGAAUCACCCGUUUAUGCAACCAAGAGGAAAUGCCCAACUUUUAUUGAUGUCCUCGUUGACAAGAAACAGUGGGCACGAGCGAAAGCAUUCCGAGACAAACAACAACGAGCCGAUUGAUCAGCAGCAACACCGAUCAUACACACCCAUUCAGUUUGAAAACUCUCUCGGAAAGCUACAAUGCGGCAGUGUCAAAGCCCCGAGAAAACUUAUCGAUAUGGACGUCGUUGGGAACGAAUCAACUGCGCAGUCCAACUGUGUGGGACUAGAGCUGUCCAUGCAACGCAAAUCUCGCCAUAUUCUGCUGCACAUCGAAACUCUUUACAAAUGUUUGCUGAAGAUGGAAGACAUGAAAAAUCCUUUAGCAAUGGAAGCUGCUCUGAUUGCCAAAGAAAAGCGGGAGAAAGAGCUUUCUCUUCAUCAGCGAAAUCCUGAUCAGAUAUUUGACCAACCUACUGAUGUAGAACAAGAGACAUUUGAGGAUUUAAUUACGGUCUUAAUGAACGGUCUCGCCCAGGAUAGAGUUAUAUCGAUGUUGGCUGUGCGUAAAGGCAAAACCCUACUGCGCCGUAUAUGUGUCAUGUUGAGCGAUCAUCCAUGUCGAUGGGAACUGUGGAAUACUAUUUUUUCGGCGAUUCCAUUCAUGUCGAAGAAGGACCGAGAUGAUCGAGAUGGAAUCAUUUUCGAUCUAUACACCGAAUUUGAGCGCCAUGUGCAGUACAGUAGAUUUUCGGAUUUGUUGAAUGUGGCUCAAAUGAUAGUAACGGAUAAGGUUAUCCGUUACCUGACCUGUUGCAAGUUUCUGCUUUCCUCGAUCAUUACCAUCAUAUUCCAGAUGGAAGUGUUUAUCUCCAAGAAGCCCUCCAACAUCACUUCGGAGGGUUUCGAUAAGUGGAUCCAGUGUUUGUGUCUCAUUGUGAAUACAGCAAGUAAGUUACUGCAGGAAGGCACAUCAAUACCAGACGAACGGCACACAAUAAAGAUCGAGCGUGACAAUAAUAUUGUACGUACUGUUUGCGCACACUUGGAACGUUUGCCACGACAUGUCAAUGGAAAUGAAUUCCUUGCCUUUAUCACGGACGAGAGUGUUUCGAGUGAUCAAGGAAACGAUGCGGUUGUCGGCGUGCAGGAUAAGUGAUCUCAGAGGUAUGUAAGUCAACAGGUAA